UAACGCAAGAUGGCAGUCGCGAGUAGAAGACAGUCACGCGAGUAUCGCAGGUAGUUUCGAUGUUUUUUAGUCCGAGAUUACGGCGAUUCAUCAAGAAGUGGCCGGGCGAACGUUAUUUCGGCGAUUUCCGAUUCCUGCCGAUAUUCUUCGCGUUAGGGGCGUUGCUGGAGUUCUCUAUGAUCAACUGGCACGUCGGCCAGGUUAACUUCUACAACGUAUACAAACGCCGGAAGAUAGAGGAGCGGGUGAAAGAGAAGCUGCCCGAAGCAGACUGAUAUCAAAGCGUAAAGCGCUC